AUGGAUGGCAAGCCCAACCGAGUUCUGGCAUGUUUUUCUUCACAAUCGGGUACAUCGGAGAGUUUAGCUGAGCGCUUUUGCAAUGAUCUCAACUGGAAGACGGAAGACUUCAAUCUUUCGAUCGUACGAAACACGGGGGAUUUUGAAGAACCAGAAGCACUGAAGAAGCUUGAAGAAUACGAAAUUGUUAUUUUUUUCAUUAGUUCGUAUGGAGAGGGUGAACCUUGUGAUGAUGGUGUGAAAUUUUUCCAGACUCUAAAGCGGUGGGGAACAAAGCUGAAACAAUACAGUCUCUUUGGAUGCGGGAAUACGUAUUACGACAAGUAUCAGGCUGCAGCUAUUGAGCUGAAGCAGCUAAUGGAGUCAAACGGGUGCACGCUAGUCGGGGAAUUUGGCCAAGGCAACGAGGCCAACAACAGUGUUUUGGACGACUACGACGCGUGGAGCUUUGACUAUCAACCUGUGAUCUCUCGUCUUCUGAAUGUACCCCUCAAAGAAAGAACAGAGUAUGUCCCUCUGUACCGAAUUUUAAAGCCAGAUGAAAUGAACAUGCAGGCAUCGAUUACUGAGAGGCACCCGUACCAGGAGAUGAAACCUUUUGUGAGCGACAUCGACUUGGCAAGCGUGAGGAAAUACGGUUCAAACUAUGUGCAUUUUGAUCUCGAGCUUCACCAGGAAAAGAGCAGGCUGAAAUACCAAGCGGGGGACCAUGUCGGAAUCUAUCCGAAAAACUCGAGGGGCGAUGUUGAUGAGAUGCUGCAUAUUUUGGGGCUCGACGAGAAGGCUGAUCCGUUCAUUGCUGUUCCAUUCGAACGAUUGGGCACGUCGGGAUGGCGUGGAAAAGUGUUCCCGUCCUACAGAGAAUUUUUCACCCACAAUGUGGAGAUCAACGGAGCUCUCUCCCGGAAGCUUGUGCAGGAUUUGAUGAGCUAUUUCAUUAGAGAGUCUGCAACGGAGCUCCGGGCGGAGCUGGGAAUGCUAAUUGCAUCGCAAGAGGUGUUCCGACAGAAGGUUUUGGACCGGAGACUGACGCUGGUGAAGUUUUUCCAGAAGUUCGGAAUCACCAGGGGCACGCACUACGACACGAUACCGGUAUCCUUUGUCUUGGAAUACCUGGGUCCGCUGAAGCCAAGACUGUUUUCCAUCUCGAGUAGCGAGUGUGUCCAGCCGGACCGGGUGGGGGUGAUGCUGAAGCUGGUGAAGGAUGCCGGCAGCGGCUUUGACGGGGUCUGCUCAAGGACGAUCGAGGAGAUUAUCGGUGGUCGAGACCGGGACGGCGCUGCCGCUGGGAACGCUGCCGCUGCGGACAUCGCCGGUGCCAACCGGUUGCCGAUCUACGUGAAAAGGUCCAAGUUCAAGCUACCCAGCACCCUCGCGAGACCCAUGCUCUUUGUGGGUGCUGGCAGCGGCAUGGCGCCCUUCCGGGGGUUCCUCCAGGAGAUCUGUGCGCAGCCCCACAAGCUGAAGCAGGUGACCCAGAUCGUCGUCUACUUUGGACUCCGCAGUCUCACGGACGAGCACUACCUUUACCGGGACUCCUUCGACGAGUUCCGCCGUGUCCUCGGCGACAGACUCGUGUUGCGUCUGGCCGUCUCCGGCGGCGCCUCCACCAGCCCCGACGGCAUCCGCACCAAAAAGUACGUGCAGGACCUUCUCCGGGAGGACGCCGUCGCCGUGGUGGACCAGCUCGUCGGCCGCAACGGCCACGUCUACGUCUGCGGCGACGCCGGCGGCCUGAGCCACGGCGUGCGCAAGGUGCUUGUCGACGUCCUCGGGCAGGCCCGUGGCAGUCUCAAGAGCGGCGACCAGUAUGUGCAGUACAUGCAGAGCAUGGGCCGGUACCGGGAGGACGUGUGGUAA